AUGGGGUUGACGGGCAGGCGACGCGAAGCGUCUCUGCGAUGCGCCCUCCUGGCCAACCUCGCGCGUCAUGUGCCAAACCUCGAGUCUCUCCGAAUGUACGAUUUUGACUGGACUGGGCUUGUCCUCGCGAUGGAGACCGCCGGUAUGAUGAACCCCGUGCAUGCGUCCGAAGCUCCAGGCGGUGCGAGACCAGCGAGGGAGUCAGGAUCAGCCGCACACUCGAUACCAUACUUUCCCCAAUUGAAGUCACUCCACAUCUCCAGUUGCGCAUCUUCAAUCAUUGCGACUGGUGAAGCCGUCGUGCGGUUUCUCGCGGCGUUCCCGCAGCUAUACGCACUCGAUAUCGCGUUCAUGCCGACCAUGGAAGCUUCCCGAUCCGUGUACCCUCCCGAUCGUGCCAUGGCGCAAGCAUGGGGAGCAGACGCCUCUCCAUGUGUCCGUAUUCACGAGUUGAGGCUUGACACGAGUACUUGGGCUGCGUCACCGGCGCUGGACUGGCUGGCCCGCCCCAUGGUCGAACUGGACCUCCAUAAACUCGACAUUGACCUGUUCUGUCCCUGGGAACCGACCUCGCGUCUAGCGGAGCUCCUGUACGGGAGGGAAUGCGCCAUGUUAGAGGAUCUCGCAUUCUCUGUGUCACAUGAAGAUGGGAGUCAGCUGAAGGAACUCAGGCUGAUAGUGCAAGUCUAUCAUGCCAUGCGGGAAGGAAAUGCGAGAGAGCUUGCCGACUGGGAUGCUCUCAACAACGCUAUCCUGUUCCUCGGGCGGCGGUGUCCGAAGUUGGUAGUCGUUCUGGACUGCGAAUUUGACUUUGUGCCACCGACGGACAACUUCAAACGCUAUACUGCACGCUGUAUGAGGGAUAGGUAUAUCUCGGGCUGGGCUAUAUUCAUGGGUGUCGCGGGCUUGUGGGACAUUCUCCGUCCCACGGGAGAGAUACGCUCUCUCACCCAUCUCUCCGUUGUCGAUGGAUUCGAAGCAAACCCAGACGGAGUGCGGGGCUUCCGUGUCGGUAUCGACGCCAGUAUCUGGUUCUAUCACGCAGCGUAUGGCCGGGAGGGCGAGAAUCCCGAGUUGCGAACGUUAUUCUUCAAGUGCACUAGGCUUAUGAGCGCACCAUUUCUGCCUCUUUUCGUCUUUGAUGGGCCAAAGAGGCCUGAAGUCAAGCGCGGCAAGAGAAUAAGUGGCAAGAAUCACUGGAUGAUUCAGGGCAUGCAGGAAAUCAUCAACGCGUUUGGUUUUGAGUGGCGCAUGGCUCCCGGGGAAGCUGAAGCGGAGCUGGCGUACCUCAAUCAAAUGGGCGUCAUUGAUGCAGUAUACACCGACGACGUGGACACAUUCUUGUUUGGGGCGAAGAUGAUUAUCCGAAACGCAAGCGUGACGCUCUCUGGUAACCGCGCACACUCCCUCAAGAACAGCGCUGGCCGUGAAGACGGCAACCACGUCGCAACGUACACCUCACACGCUAUCCUCACUCACUCAUCCGUGCAGCUCACACAAGGUGGGCUAAUUCUCAUCGGCAUCCUCCGCGGGGGCGACUAUCAUCAAGCAGGAUUGGCGGGAUGUGGCGGCACAAUCGCUCACGGGCUUGCACGCUGCGGGUUCGGCGACACCCUCCUUACCGCAGCGCGCUCCCUCCAGCGCUCUGAACUUCCCUCUUUCUUGCGCGGCUGGCGCGAGGAGAUACGCGCCGAACUGCGCACUAACUCCCGCGGUAUCCUGGGGAAGAAGUACGCAGCCCUCGCGAAGAAGAUCCCAGAAGACUUCCCAAACAUUGACGUGCUACUCUCGUAUACGAAUCCAAUUACGUCCGAGUCGGAGGCAGCUGCCAAGGGCCGCGUCUCCAAGAGUACGAAGAUCGACUGGGAGAAAGAGCCAGACCUGGGCAAGAUUGCUGGUCUUUGCGAGAUGUACUUCGAGUGGGGCGUGAAGGAGAUCAUCAUCAAGCGCUUCAGGACGGUCCUCUGGCCGGCCGCCGUAUUGCGAAUCCUCCGCCGCGUCGCGCUGCUGGAAGACAAACGCGUGGCGCGAGUCGCCGCGCGCACAGCGGUCCGCAAUCCUACAACUCCUACGAAGAAGGGGAAGGCGAACGACCGUCGCGUCCCCGGGACGCCGUCGUCCGUCAUCACAAAGCAUUUCUCCUCGCUGCAGCUGGGCUCACCCAAGCGUGUCGGGCGCACCGACUCUGACAGCGACGACGACGACGAGAACAAGCUCAUCGUCAAGAUUCACUCUUCACGGCAACACGCGUCCACCGACGGCAUUCUCGAGUACCGUCUCGAGGUCGCCCCCGCACAUCUUGUCCGCCUCUCCGAGUCCGGGGUCAGGGGUCUCCGCACUGCGUUGGCAACGGGGCUGGACGACGAUUCAGACGUCCCAGAAGACGACGACUCGGACGACGGUGGGAAGGGCAAGAAACGCGUGCCGAAGCCGCCGCCCGACCCGCAGAGCCACCUCAGGAUCUGGCUGCCCGCGUGCAUGGUACGCAUCGCGCAGCCGGACCUCGUGGAGGAGUUCGAGGGGAUCCAGGAGAUGCGUGCGGCUAAGAAAGCAGGGAAGGCAGGGAAGGCCUCUGGUACCGCGCGUGGUUCGAAGGCUAAGGCGAGCACGAUAGUCGGAGCAAAGCCUAAGGCAGGAAAGAAGGUCCCUGUGGCAGUCCGGGAAGAGGAGGAAGAGAGCUCGGAUGGAUCUGUUUCACCUACGCCGAAGAAAGCAAGGCCGAAGGUUAGUGCUGCCAAGCAGACACAAGCUACCGUCGCUGUACCCGGCGUUAAGCAGCACUUCGCAGUCGGCAAGCGCAUCCAGUCGACCAGCAACUCCGGCAAGGCCAAGUCAAGUACUGCCAAGAUAUUUGCGCUGUUCGACGAAGACCCGCCCGCACCCAAACGGGCGGCGUCCAAGUCAUCGAGCUCGUCCCGCAUAUUUGACUCAGACUCGGAACAGAGUUUCAUCCGCCCGACUGCCUCUUCCUCCAGGCUACCUUCUCUUACGAACUCCUCGCGCGCAUCCUCCGCAGGCCCGAGCCUGUCAGAACCUUCAUCGUCCGAGAAGCCGGAUCUUCCGCGACGCACAUUUGUCCCAGCCCCAUUCCCUAUGUCCUUUGACGCCGCCAACAUUGACAACGGCGAUCAGUUUUCCGUGGACGUCUUCAGGGCUGGCAUUGUCAAUUCGCGUGCCAAGCGGCGGUCGAGCCGCGACCACUCACCUAGACAGCAGAGCGUUGUCCAAGUCUCCUCGCAAGUCCCAAAAACAGACAUCGCCACACAGACAGGGCCGGACAAGGCCAAGGUCUCCUAUAUCUAUCCCAUCCUCCAGCGACGGUGA